AUGACAGGUGACAGACUUCCUCCCACCUAUGUAGAAGGGUUUCACAACAGAGACGAUGUCAUGAAAAUGAAAUACAAUCGUCUUGGCAACACAGGACUACAAGUAUCAGUCCUUGGCUUUGGUGCCUCGUCAUUAGGUAGUGUAUUUCAUGAAACUGACGACGAUGAAGCCAUACAAGUUGUAUAUAAGGCUAUUAAAAGUGGUAUUAAUAUCAUAGAUGUAGCGCCAUGGUAUGGCCAUGGUAAAGCAGAGACAAUUCUAGGUCAGGCGCUGAGAGACAUUCCGAGACAAGCUUACUAUCUUACCACAAAAGUUGGUAGAUACCAACCCAAGCUUGAUGAAAUGUUCGAUUUUACUGCCGAGAGAACCAUGCGUAGUGUUAACGAAAGUUUACAGAGAUUGGGGUUGAACUACGUGGACAUUAUUCAGAUUCAUGAUAUGGAGUUUGCCCCAAACCUGGAUGUCAUCCUCAAUGACACGCUGUGGGCUUUGCAGAGAGUCAAAGACUCAGGUAAAGCCAAAUUUAUUGGCAUUACUGGCUAUCCAAUGGACAACUUCAGGAUCAAGAUGUCCAACAAAAAUAAAUUGACUACUAUUACCGGGGUUACCAUUUCUCAGGAGAAAAAUGUAGCAGUGAUGAAUGCAGCACCGAUAUCCAUGGGUCUGUUAUCGAACCGGGGACCGCCAUCUUGGCAUCCGGCUACAGAUGAUAUCAAAGAUGCGUGUAAGGAAGCCGCCAAGUACUGUCAAGAUAAGGGUGUUGAUAUCUCCAAACUAGCCAUGCAUUUUACACUGGACCACGAUGAAAUACCAACAACGUUUGUAAGCACCGCCAGUCUAAGCAUACUUGAAAGUAACCUUGCCUGCGUACACGAAAAGCUAUCAACACUAGAGACAAACACAAUGGCUGAUGUAAUGAACAGAUAUUUUAGACCGUUGGGUAACAAGACAUGGGAAGGAAUCGAAGUGGCUAACUACUGGAGACAGUUAGAAACAAUGAAGAACUAACUAAUCUCCUAUUAUCAUGACAACAGCGCCCUCAAAAUCCAUAUGUAUAAAUCUGUUGGUAGAUUGCCCACUGUCCAUGCAAUAUUACCAAGUAAAAGUGUAC